AUGCCGCCGAAGAAGCGCGGGCACAACACGCGGGGCCGGGACAAGAUCUUUCGCAAUGCAGUGCAGCACGUGCACGUUGGUGUGGGCCACGGUGUGCUGGGGGACAUCAAUCUGCGUCCCGUUGCCGGCCUUGUGAGUCGUGCAGACGGCGACGGCGGGGACAAGGCGCACGAGGAGUGUGCGUUUUUGAUGGAGCUGAACGAGUUGAUGCUCUCCCACUCCACGACGGACUUCAGGCGGUUUCGCUGGGAGGUGCUGGAGCUCUGUGAGUCCAAGGCCCUCUUCCGCCUCAACCACCGUAAAAUUGCGGAGAAGCUCCUGCUGAGUCUCAUGCGCCGUGACAAGUUUGCGGAGGGGUUUGAGGCGUUUGUGCGGCUCACCGUCGCCUUUGCGCGCGACAUGCGGGAGAAGUUCUUGGCGUACUUUGAGUGCUUCCAUCAGGCCAUCAACGGCGGGGUGUUCGACGCCAAGGGGGAGAUGCUGGCGGACACCCGACGCCUGCAGCUCGUCUUCGCCGCGCAGGUCGCGUGGUGUCGGGAGAUGCGUCCCUACUGGCUGCUGCCGGAGCAGCGGAAGCUCGUGGAGCGCGUCGUUCGCCUCUACGUGCGGCAGAUGCAUGACACGAAGGAGUACAUUCGACGACUCUCCGCGGAGGUGCUGGCGUCGCUCUGCCGCGCGGCGCAGGAUUUAGUCCCGCUUGUCGUGCAGGAGGCCUGCCUGGACGUGGUGCAGGACUUCGAGACGUACUGCGCGGCCGCCGCUGCAGCCACCGACGAUGGAGAAAAUGAGAACGACGACGACGGCGAAAAGGACUCCGACAGGGAUUCAGCGACGGCGGCGGCACAACAGCAGCAGCAGCAGCGACCACGUCCCGGCGUUGUUUUCCCGUCGCUGCUUCACGCGUACGAGCAAAACCGUCUCGCGCUACUCCCCGUCGUGGACGGUCUGUGCUUCCUCGCCGCGGAGAUGUUUCGCGGCAUUCGUGGGUCGCUCAGCACAAAUUUUGAAAACAACUACGCGCUACUCGUGCACGUGUUUGGGCUCUCGCGGCGGACGCAGUUUGCCGGCACGUACUGCGCCGGCGACGGCACGAACGGGCAGGAGGUGUUUGGCGUCGCGGAGGCAGACGCGCGGCGUCUCGUGCACGCCGCCCGCUGGGCAGACACGUUUGCGGGUGCCCAAAGUGGGCAGGGCGUGGACGGGCGUGUGGCGAGCCCCGUGACAGGCGCCGCACGAGAGGCGCGCCGGCGCGGCGAGGUGCUGCACGAGCUCGUGCAGAUGACGGGCGGCGUCGUCGUUGGCGCGGCCCUGCGCACGGUGGCGGAGGAGACGGCCGCUGCCCCCGCCGUCGCCAGCGCGGCGGAAACGCAGCUGGAGGGAGUACAGGCCUCCUCGCUGCAGCUGCUCAGGGCUGUGGCGGCGCUGCUAGAGUUCUCGCUGCCGCACGCACGUCUGCUGCAGUCGCUCCUGCACGCCGCCGACUAUAAACUUCUCCGCGACCCGUCGGCCGCACCGACGCUGCGGCAGGCGUCGGAAACGCUGCUGACCCAAGUGCGGCAGCAGAUGCAGCGGGCCUCAGCGUGUGUGGAGGGAGCCAGGGCGAGGGAGGAGUGGAGCCGUUUCGUGCGUGCCGGCGGUGGUGUACUGGAGACGCUGACGCCACUGUGUGUGGGCGCGACGGCCGCCACCUCCCAUGCAAGGAAGCUGCAAGCCCUUUUCUCGCCCCUCGCCCACGAAGUUGUGGUGAACUGCGUGUCUGUUUCGUGCCACACGAGCAACGCCGCCCCUGACAGCGCAGAUGGAAGCUGGCAGGAGUUUCGGCGCGCAACCAAGCUGAUGCUUUUCGCGUUUGUGCAAGACGUUCUGCAGAAAAACUACGCCUUUUGCCUGCGGGACGAGCGCCGGUUGGGCGAAGGGGAGGCGGCGUCGCGUGGCAAAGCGCCUGUGGUAAACUCGCACUUGUCCCCACUGGCGUUGAACCUCCUGGCCCCUGUGCUGCAUGGUGCCUGCGUGGACGCGAACGCAGCGCUGGAGGGCGACGCAUGCGCCGCCGCGAUGCAUGAGUCGACGCGUGCGGCGAUGAUGGCCCGUAUGAUGUGUGACCGCACCACACACAUGCUGACGAGUCCGCUCUACUUGGCACUGACGACGACGACGACGACGACGACCACCACCGCCGCGGAACCCGUCGCCGCCUCCUUGCUGGACUGCGACGCCUUGCGUGAAAGCCUGCAGACUCUCCUGCGUGGCGUCUUGACGGCGUUUGCCAAGACGCAGGAGGCCGUGGACGACGCGGCGCGGUGUGAUGCGUCCAGGUGGGCAGAUGUUGUGUCGGCCAUUCUUCCGCUCGUGCUGACCGUGGUGGAUGCCGAGAAGGCGGCGGCGGAUACGGGUCGUGCCGUUGCCCUUGGAACCACCUCCUUUGCGUGGCGCUUCCGGGAGGCGCUGCUGCAUGUGAUGCGCCGUGUCAAGGAUACCAUCAAUAGUAACAAUAGUAAUAGUAAUGCUAAGGAUAACAAUAAAGAAACCGGGUCAACGCGAUUGACCAGACUUACGGCCGCCUCCUACGCCUUGUUUGCGCAGGCGUCGACGCUGCUGGUGCAGCUGGACGCCCUAACGGGUGUGCUUGACGCAGAGAGUAUGCAGGUGGAGUGUGUGGGUUUCGUGCGAGACGCCGUCAUGGUUCUAGCCGCGAGUUUCCAAAACAGACACGCGAAGGAGCUGAACGACGAGGAGACGGGGCGACUCCUUCAUGGAAUGGAAUGCCUGCUGCUGUCACUGCUGCGCCUCUUUGGGUUUGAGCUGGAGCGUGACACGGAGGCCGCCGUCGCUACCUCGCAGCAGCAGCAGAACAAUACUAAUAAUAACCGUGGCAGGAGUUCAACUGAGGCAUCUGAGCAAACAUUCCUGGCUGCCACCUCGCGGCUUUACGUGGCAAUUGACGCCGCGACGCAGCGGGCGCUGGUCGAGACGCUACUUCUCGAGGCCCUUGCGUCUCCGGCCCACUCCCUGCGUGUGGUGGCGCUUUCGCUGCUGCGGCUGCUCUGCCACCCGGACGUGCCGGAGGCGGAGCGAACCGCGGGCUGCUGCGCCAUCGAUCCCUCCUUCUUUGAUGCCUUGUUGGCUGCGGAGCUGUUUGACCCCUUGUCGGCCGCCGGGAACCUGGACGGCGUGCGCCAGGCGCUGGCAAAGUUGACGUUUGCGGUGGCCGCGGGGACGCUGCGGAAUCCGCUCCAACGGGUGAUUUUGGCGCACGCCAUGCUCGGCCUGAUGCACACGCGCUUUGCGGACGCGUGGCCAGUGGCACUGAAGAUGCUUGCGGACCUGGUGCGCAUGGAGGACACCUCCGCGCAGCUGCCGCGGCCCCGGCGCCGCCACGACGUGGGAGCCGCAGGCGCGUGCGUCCCUCUCGCUGCUGCUGAGGCCCCUCCUCUUCUUUCCUCCUCCUCGGCGGCCGCCGCCGCCGCCGCAACGUCGAGAAGGUUGGAGCCGCUGGUGUGGUGCGGUGUCGUGUGCCGCUACGCCCGGGCGGUGGUGUUUGGGGACAUCCUGCGCGGGGCCGCCGCGGGAGGUUUCAACGACGCCGCGGAGGAGGAAGACGGCGACGACGGCGAGGAAGUUGGGGGCGGCGCGCGCGGGCGUGGCAGGGCCGCCGUGUGGUACCGCAUUUGCCUCACCGACAUGCAGCGGCACGAGAAGGGGGAGCUGGUGAGCAGGGAGUUCGCCGCCGCCGCCACCCGCUCCGCGGUCUCCACCGUGACGCUGCUGCAGCUCGCCAACGCCGACGGCGAGGUGCUUUCGUGGCGGCGCCACUACUUGCCGUCGGCCUCGCCGACGCACAUGCACGGGGCACGCACGACGGACCGCGCGGUGCUGGCCAAGACGUUUUUGUCCGGCCUCUCAGAGAUGACGCGGGGGGCGGCAGGCGAGGGGCGGGUCGCGCUCGUGGCGGGGCUUGUGCUGGAGCUGGCGGCGGUGCGCCGCGGGGAGCACCCGGACGGGCUGCGGCAACUAAAACUGCUAGACGACCGCCUCGUGCUGGCGAUGAACGCCUGCAACGUGGCACCCCUCGCAUCCGCCGCCGCGGCCUCGUCGCAUGAGCGGGUGCCGGCAGAGGCCCGGGCACUCCUGGCGGCCCGCAACGAGCAGCUGCAAACGAUUUGCAUUGGGUUUCUCUCCGACGCCAACGCCAGGCUGCAGCGGGCUGCCAUGGACAUGCUGCAGCGGCUCAAGGUCCCCCCCUUCGCGCGCCACCAUGCCCAGCUGACGCCCUACUGUGACACGCAGAAGAAUCUCUUUCACUUCUUGUCCACCUUUAGCGUGGAGACGGAUAUUCCGCAGGAGGACAAGGCCGACUACAUUGCCACGGCCAUCGCCGUUGUGCUGCCAAAGCUGACGGCGAACGUCUCGAAGGAGAAGUUGAAGGACCAGGCAAUUCUGCAGCGUCGCGUCCUGGCGAUGGUGACGCACCUCUCGGUGGGUGGCGGUUUUGCCAACGUGCUGGAAGGAAUUGUGCAGAGGUUGAUAUUUGAACGCGUCAUGCCAAACGGUGCGGGGACGGCGUCAGCCGCCGCGCGCUUCCCAGAGAUGUGGGCAGAGUGGGUGCGGACCAACAGUCACUGCGCCCGGCGGCUAGAACGCCUUGUGAAGCAGCUACUGAACACAAUGCAGCUGCUGAGUGCGCUGCUGCAAUCCGUUGGCAAGGGAUUCGAGUCUUUUGCGGGGUCAUGCAUGCACCUCGCCCUCAAUGCCUACCUCAUCAGCUGCAAGCAAGUACUGCAGGCACCCGGCGGCACAGACACGACGUCUGACGACGAAAUAUACCGGCGUGUGCAGAGUGUGUUGGGGUCCUCGACGCUAAACGCGCUUCUGCCGCGGCUGCGUCGCACGGCUGCAGUGAUGGUGGCAUCCCUGUUUGAGCAGUUUCCCGCGGAGGUCAUGGCGGCGCUGCGGAAGGAGCUCGCCGAGGCUGCCGACGGAGACGUCGCGCAGAGUCUCAUUGGGCGAUACGUCGCGAUGCUCCACGCAAACAGCAGCGGUGCCGUACCCGAGUUGAUAACUGCGCAAGGCGCCGGCGAUGGCGGUAGGACAGGCGUGACCCCGUUGCUGCGGCUCAUACGUGCGUGGGUCGACUCCCCGCUGGCUAUGCCGCUGAUUGCGGCCUUUGGGGACACCGUGACGGCCAUGCUGGUGCAGGUCUUCGCCCACGCCGCGACGAGUCACGCCAUGAUGCGUCCCGCGACGAACACCGGCGGGGCGGCGGCGGGUCCCGCGGUGUCCACCGGCUCCCAUCUGCAGCAGGCGUCCGCGCUCUCCGUCUACGAGGGGCUGCGUUGCGUGGGUGUCAUUCUCGCUGCUGGGGAAGAGCCGUUUGCGGCGUUUGGUGCUCCCGGUUCCGCCACGCUGCAGGAGGCCUACGUCAAGCCGCACGUGAUGGCCAUUUUUGCCUCGCUGUACCAGUUGAUUGUGCGGGGUGGUGGUGGUGGUGGUGGCUCGCUUGCCGCGCCAGCGUCCGCGGGCGGCACGCGCAGGCAACGCAAGUCCGCCGCCUCGGUAAUGGCCUUCAGUGUGCCGAUGUGGAAGGAAAUGAUUGCAACGGUCACUGUGCUUUCCGAGCAUGUGGUGGCGCCGGCCGCCGCGGAGGCUGAGAGGCCCGUCGGCGGGGUGGACGCCAUGCUCGCGCGGCUGCUGGAGAUGUGCAUCGCCUUUGUGGCGCACCCCGCCUCUGCGAAGGACCGGCAGACGUGUAUCACGGCCACCGGGAUGCUGGAACGGCUGCUCCCCCGCAUGCGCCGCGUGGAGCUCGCCGGCCACUUUGAGCCGCUCGUCCGUCUGUUUAACGUCGUGACGUGCCCCGAGGCGCGCCUGUCGCUCUGCCGCUCCCUGGCGAUGGCGUUCCCGCGGCUGGCGUACCCCGUGGAGUCCGAAUACCGCGCCGACAACGUGCGGCGGGGCUGCGCCGUCCACGCGGCGCAGGUGGCGGCUGUGGGGCGUGCGGUUACCUGCCUCAACGGAUUUGCGGAGGACAACGCGGACUUGGAGCGGUACGACUUUGAGUUGCGGUUUCACACCUUCCGCUCACUGCGGCAGUUCUUUGCGAACAACGGCAACUACCGGGCCCUCGCUGCCAAACGCCAGCACAGCAACACCGGGGAGGGGGAGAAGGAGGGGGUGCGGCAGGAGCGGGACUACAGCGGCGCCGCGGAUGUGACGAUUCUGCUGGAUAAAGCCGAGGCCCCUGUGCUGUGCGUUGAGGCCUUCCUUGCACUGACGGCAAACGUGAUGUUUUUUCUGCGUGACCCGGAAGGGACGAUACGCGUCCUGGCGGCUCAGCUCCUGGACGCGAUGGUGUUGUAUGCCUCAAGGCAGCAGGAGCGGGCGGCGUCGUACGACACGCUGUUGCUUGAGCGUGUUAUACGGCGUGAGGUUUUGCCCUCGCUGCGCCGCGGCGUUGCCUCACGCGAUGUGCACAUCCGCCUUGCACACAUGCAAAGCUUUAGCUGCCUGGCGCAGUAUUACCCCGCGGCAUUCCCCUCAUUUGCGGCACUCCACUCUCGCAACGUGGAGCGGUGCUUCUUUGCAAAUGUGGGUCACAUUCAGCACCGCUGUCGGGUGCGGGCGUUGGAGCUGCUGCGGCAGAGCGUCGGACGUCUGUUGCCGCGGGACGUGCUUCGUGUUUUUGUGCCGUUUCUGCUCGUGGCGGUGAAGGACUUUGCGCAGGGGAAGCGGGAUCUGCAGAACCUCACCGAGGGCCGCGCAAAGGGGUACUGCGACGCCGUCUUGGCAACCGUCGCCAGCCUGGCGGCGGCGCUGCCGUGGGAAGGGUACUACCGCGUGCUGAGUCUUUUUCUGCAGAACGCCCGCGAGAACGCCUCCCUGCGACUGCCGAUGCUGCGCGGGGUGGUGAUGCUGCUUGACCACUUCCACUUCCUGCGCGACGCCGAGGCGGCGGAGGCGGAUGAAGAGCGUGGGAGCAGAGAUGCCGCCGCCCCCGCCGCGGGCGACAGGGAAGAUGCAGAUGAGGAGGACGACGACGACGAGGACGAGGAGGAUGAAGCCGCCGCCGCGCUGCGGGAGCGGCGCCGCAAGUACCGCCGCGCCCGCGUCGUGCACGUCAUGGAGGACGACGUUCUUCCGCAGCUGUACGAGUUUCUGGGCAACGGCUCGCGCAGGGGCGGCCGCCCCGCCGACGCCGAGCUGCGCGGCAACGUCCACACCGCCGCAAAUGUGCGGCAGGAGAUGCGGAAGGCGGACAACGCGCAGCAGAAUACGGCCAUCCUGCAGCUGCCUGUGGCCAUCGCCAUCACAAAGAUUGUCAAACGCUUCCCGCCGGAACGGUUUUCGCUGCAUGCGGAGCACCUCCUCGACGAGGUGGUGUUAAAGCUGCGCACGAAGAGCGACAGGCAGCGCGAGAGCGCGCGACGCAUUCUCAGUGCGAUGCUCUGUGAGACCGGGCCUGGGAAGCUCGCGUUUGUCAUCACCAAGCUGCGGGAUCACCUUGUGCACGGCUACCAGCUGCACGUGCUCGGCUACACCGUCGUGACGCUCCUCUACAACCUCUACGAGCCCCAGCACGCCAUCUCGUACAGGCGGAAGAAGCAGGCUGAAGGCGCGGCAGCGGCGCCGGGGAAGCCUGCGGGUGCCGCGCAGUCUGCAGCCGGCGGUGCUGCGGACGAGGAAGACGGGGAGGAGGAGGAGCUUGUGCGGCAGCUGGCCCCCGCCUCCGCCAGCUUUGACCGGGGCUACGGCGUGGCGUGUCUGACGGCGUGCCUGGACAGCCUGAUGGGCAUCCUUCUCGACGACUACCUCGGCGAGGUGGGCGAGCAGAAGGAGCAGGUGGAGCUCAUGAGCACCAUGGUGGAGGUGAAGCGCAACCGCGCGCUGCAGGGCUUCACGCUCCUCGCCUCCCACUGCGAGGCAAGUCGCGUGAUUGAGGUCUUUCUGCAAAAGAUCACGUGGCUUCUGACGCCCCCAAGCACGGCGGCGUCGGUGGAUGUCGGCGCCCUGCGUGGGAGCGCCCGCGCCGCCGCCAUGCUGCUGCAGGAGCUCAAGACGAAGUACAGCACCGUCAGCAAGAACGCCGCGGCCGACUUUGUGUUUGUGCAGAAGGUGCGCCUGCUGGCCGUACGCGUCGCGCGGGCGCUGAUAAAAAAUGCGACGAUGCAGGUGGAGUCCUCUUUCCUCACCGUACGAAAUCUGCUGCAGCGCCACAAUGCGGUGCGGGAGGAGAAAAUCAUGGCCUUCGAGGCAAAGGAUGGCACCCGCCGCAUCCGCGGCAACGUGCACCUGACGAUCCAGCGUGCCCCGACGGAGACCCGCAAGGACCAGCUCGACGCCAACUUCCUCGUGGAGCCGCGCCCGGAGCGGGUGGAUGUGGACUUCAGCGCCCACACCGUGCUGGCGACGCAGCAGCGGCAGAAGCUCCGCGCCUACCGCGGCCGCUACGGGAAGGAGGUGCAGCAGGCCGCAAAGAACUUUUACCGCGAGGACCCGGCCACUGCGGUGGUGCUGGACACGCUGGACGAGUUUCUGCUCAAUUACCUGCUGAGUGUGCUGAAGCAGGUGCUGGGUAUCGGAAAGGAGCGGAAGUACACGACGGCGGCCGUUCGCCUCGACCUGCUCCGCGCCCAAAAGAAGCAGCAGCAGGAGGAGGAGGGGGGUAGGAGUCACCGCAGCGACGAUGACGACGACGAUGCUGACGACGAUGUGCAAAGCAGCGGGGAGGCGGGUGGUGACAGCAGCAGUGAAGAGGCGGCGGAGGAAGAGAAUGGGGCCGUGUGCCUGGAGCCGCGGCCACUGGAUGACGAAACUGGGGAUGCGUUGGACCGCUUUGCCGCCGCGGCCCAGCAGGAGGACGAGGGGCAGAGCGUGAAUAACGACAACAACCAUCAGGCGGCGGCGGCGGUGGAGGCCGAACACCCACACGCGACGACGACAACGAAGCAGCAGCAGCAGCAGCGGCAGCGGCAGCUUCGUGGGCAGGAACGGGAGAAGCAGAACAACAAGCAGCGGGCGAUGGCGGACUUAACGUCGUGCUUUACGCGCCAGCACCAACCGCUCCUGGAAAGCCUUCUUCCCGUUGUGCUGACGACCCUGCAGGGCGAGGGCAGUGACGCGGUGGUGGGGCACGCGCUGGACUGCAUGUUGGCUCUCGUCUCCCUGCGUCCCCCGCUGCAGGCGGUAGGGACACUCCACACCACACUCUACGAGACCGUCACCGCGUUCUUUGAACGUGGUGGGGCAAUUAAGCAGCGCGCGAUGCGGGUGGCGGCGGCGGUGGUGGCGCACCAGCGGUUUGCGCUGACCGAGGAACAUGCCGCGCAGCUGGUACGCUUGUGCCGCGCUGAGCUUGUCGACCGCAAUGAGUUUCUUCCCAUGGCGCUGGCCUUGUUUCACGCGGUGCUUGGCAAACACGUACACGUGGUGGAGGUGUACGAGCUGAUUGGGGUGGUGACGGAACUGAUGAUGCACACCAGUGCGAAGCGGUUGCUGCGGCAGCGCUGCAUCGCCGUGCUUGCACGCUUUCUCACGGAGUACCGCAUCACCCCGGAGAAGUUCCGCUCCCACAUUGACCUCCUUUGCCGGAACCUUGACUACCCCGAGGUGACGGGCCGCAUCGCGAUCCUCGAGCUGCUCGCCGUGCUUGUCUACCGCCUCCCGACCACAAUCCUCCGGCAGGAGGCACCGCUGCUGCUCAUGCCGCUCGCCGUCACCCUGGCCGCCUCCGAGUUCCACGAGGCGCGACAGAAGGCCGGGGAUGUCCUGCAGAGUUUGGUUAAGAACGCCGGCCUGGACGUGGUUGUGCCCACGCUCUCGCAGUGGCUUGCGGCGGACCAGACGCGGCCCCGCAAGGCCAUGGCGCUGCAGACGUGGGCCGUGAUGAUCCCCGCAGUGGGCGCCGCCUACGACAUGAGCGUCGCGGCGGACGCACAAGAGUUCGAGGCGUGUUGGUCCUGGUCGCUCCAGCCGCUGCUGGACGCGGCAACGUUCGACCAGGUGGCGGUAUUCGGCACCAAACGCAAGCAGGACGAGCUAACCGCGGAGUUUAAACGCAAGCUGGAGCUGCGGGGCUGGACCUACAUCUUCUUCGCCCUCCGCUGCCUGGAGGGCGUCGCCGCGGUAGCCCCCGCGCAGGUGUGGCAAAACGUCUCCCUCGCCCGCCGCGUUGUACCGUGCCUCGUCGGCCGCCUCGUGCUGCACGCCCACCCGUGGAUCCAGUCCGUGGCGCUGCGGCUGCUGCGGAUGUACUGCCACGACGCGGUGGAGCGGCGGUGCGGGUACCUGCGGGAGGCAGACUGGGUGGCCGCGGGGCGCCUCGCCGCUGCGCGCAGGAAGCAGCCUGCGCGGGGGACGCAGAGACAGGACGACGAUGGCAGCGGCAGCGGUCGCAUCCCCUACGUGGUCUGCUUUCAUGACUCGCUGGGCCGGCCGGACACAGUCCAGCGGGCGUUGGAGGCACUCGAUGAGCUGGCCGCGGCGCUGCGGGCGCUGCUGCAGUGCAUCGCGCGCUCCGAUGUGCCGAACGAGAAGUACAGCGCCCACCGCGCGAUGCAGCAACCGUCAAGGAGCGACGCGGUCAGCCUGGCGCUCUACCUCUCGCGCGCAAUGGCGGUUGUGAGCGUUGUGCUUCUCAACGUGGCGGCCCUCCGCGCCGGCGCGGCGGCGGCGGCGGCGGUGCAGGACGCCAUCGCGCAUCACUUCACCUCCCUGCGCCACCAGCUGCAUGCGCUGGUGCGGCCUGUCAUCAAACACGGCAGCGUCGCCAAUGUGAUGGUGCGCACCGCCUCCGUUGUGCAGUACUUUGGCGGCUUCCUCGCCGCUCUGCCCACCGACACGGCGGCGGCGGAGGCGGGCGAUGCGCAUGGCGGGGCGUUGGCCUCUCGCGCGGCGGCCAGCUCGCAUGGGCCCACGACACAGUCACUCCGCUGGCUCGCGGUCCACGCCAUUGGGCUGCGCUUCGUGCGAGACACCAUCGUGCCCACACUCACCGUGGCGAUGCGCUGCGGGGAGCGCUCGGAGAAGCUGAGCGCGCUCGCCACGCAGGCCGCCGCGAUGCUGCGGGAGCAGCUGGAGAAACACCGCACCCACUUCGGCGGGGAGGUCGAGGCACCGCCACCCCCAACAGCGGCGGUGGGGGGGAAGCGGGCGCGCCUGGAGCCGGCACCCGCCGCCGGGGACGGCGCGCCGACGGUGGACGAUGUUCUCUUCGCGUUGACGACCGAGACGACCGCCGUGCGGGCCACGCGGAAGGAGAAGACGACGCGGCGGGAAACCCUGCAAGUCCUCCGCAAACGCAGCCGCAGCAGCGGCAGCGGCGGCGAUGAUGCCGCUGCGGCCCGCAACCAGCAGGAGCAGCCCAAGCGGAGGCGACCCUCGAGUGGGCGAAGCCCGUUGAAAUAA